AAAUAAAUUGUCUUUCACACUAUAAUUACUUAUGCCACAUGUCAAAUUCCCUUUAAAAGCAAUUCCUAAAAUAUCUCCUGCACCAAUUUUCUAAAUCAACCCCAGCCACUCCUUUUCAAAAUUCAUUUAACUUUCAAAUCCAAAAAGGUAAGGAAAAGUCAAACUUACUUUUCAUUUACUGUUCCUUGGGUCAUUGCCGACUGUCUCCCUUUUUCUUACUCUUUUUUUUUUUUUUUUACUUCUCAAAAUCCAAAAGGCAAGGAAGGGUCAAACUUACUUUUCAUUUUUUUUUCAUCUUCCACGGGCCAACAUCACCGCCGACUGCCUUUCCUUCUUUUUUUUCUUUUUUUUUUUUGUUCACCAGAUAGCUUCCUCCUUUUUUACAUCUCUUUUAACUUUUAAACUUCCAAAAAUCCCUAAAAAUGAGGGCUUUUUGAAAAUCAAAAGUCAAAACCUCUUUUUUAUCUUCUUCUUCUUCUUCCUCCAGUCAUUGCCGGCUUUUUUCCCCUUCGCUUUUUUUCACCCAGAUCUGCUCCAUUCAUGGCCAACGACCCACAAGAACAGCCUUCACACGCCGAAUCUGUUGCUGCCAUGGCUGGAACCAAGUCUUUUCAUCCUAAAAAGUCGCCUCCUGCAGAUCUAGUGAGCCUCUUCCAAACCAAAGACCUCCAAAAUGAAAUCAAACAAAUUCUUCAACACCAUAAAACAAGCCAUUCAGAUCAAAUGUUUGUUCCCCACAUGAACUUUCAAAUUUUUGGGUCCAUAUUUCAUUUCUCCUCCACCCCUUUCACUCAAAUUCCUUUACCCACAGCCGAAAGAACAUCUCCUCCCUUUCCAAGUGAAACCAGAUUGGAGCAAAUGGGUUGCAUUUUGGGACUUGGCCGGCUUGGAGGAGAUCGGAAUGGGUUGAUUGGAUUUACCAUGGAUAAGCCGAUCUUGAGUUCGGCUUUGUUAUUUUGGUCAGGCUCUUUUAGCUACUUUCAUUUCCCUUGUGGUGCCAUGUCUAUGAGCCUUUUUGACAUCAGUUCAUUGACCGGGUUACGUCGCACGGAAGAGGAAAUUUCAGCACUUCUCACAUUGCCACCAGGUGUUGAGUACAACUCCACAGACAUGAAGCCUUCUUAUCCGGCCUUGGUGAGAUUGCUUGUGACAAAAGUAAGCCUGUGAGCGCUCAGAAACACAUGUCAUUUCUGCUUGUUUUAAUCUGUAAGUACAUGGUUUGUUCUGCUGGAAAGGGUCCCACUAAAGAAUUUAUUCCAUUAGCCGCGUUUUGCUUUGGGUCCCUUUUUGCUUGCUUAUCUGUAUAGAAGCUGCCAAGAUGUCAUGGCCUACCCUCUAGGUAGUAGUGGUGGGCCACUUUGGGUGUUGCAGUUGUGGCUUUAUUCCUAUUUUCCAGUUCUUGCCCCUGUUUUAUCUGCUAUUCCAAGUCGGGAUUUGCUUACUUACGGCUUCAUGUUCAGAGAUGCCGCGGAGAACAAGAAAAGUUUUGAAGAGUGUUUCAGGUUUUUUGCUUUCCUUCCAAUCAACCGACCUGAUGCAA